AUGUACCCUAUAUCUGACCUGACUGCCUUCUGCCGCAGGACUACUGGAGAUGUGCCGCCCAAGCUUGUUGGCGCGUCAACGACUGUCGUAGGCUCGAAGAUGUAUCUCUAUGGCGGACGAUUGGUCCAGGAACGACGCAUGGUAUCGGACAUCUACAUGUUCGACCUGGAGUCUUUCAAUUGGGAGAGACUGGUACAGGAUCCUGAAGAUGACAUCCCACAGGCGCGCUAUUUUCAUAGUGCAGAUACGUGGAACAACCACCUCAUCAUUUUCGGUGGGAUGGCUAUCAAGCCCCAGUCUGACAACCCCGAAGAUCUCUGUGUGCUGAACGAUGUCCGUCUCUUCGAUCUUUCGAGUGGACAUUGGCUGCCUUCGCCCUCUACGGUGGGAGAUCCGACCUUCGUGCCGAAUGCACGCUACGCUCACCUGUCCUCUGUUACGGGGGAUCGCCUGUUUAUCAUUGGAGGCCAGGAUCUCGCCAACGUGUGGCUAGACGACGUCUACAUCUAUGAUCUCGUCGCGAAAUCCUGGGUCCAGCGGCGCGACUACUCGCGGCAUUGUGGUACCUAUCGCAGUGUAGCCGUUACAGCAGAUAUGCGCGUUCGCCUACCACAGGAGGAGAUGCAGGCUGGCGAGUCUCUAUCAUCGAAGCUCGGACCGCCUGGCGCUCGUUUCAAAACCAACAAGACGCCCUCUUCAACUGCUCCCAUCACACAACCCGAUUCACUCAUUCAUCUACCCUAUUCGGCUUCCCCUACUGACGAUUAUCCUUGUGAUAUAUUCCUUUUCAGUAAUUACAACUUCACUGAUGUGCAGCGAGAAUUGGAGGUGUUCACACCGUUGCCUGACUAUGACUUCGCCGUUUCUGAUCGUUCUGCUGCGAUGUCGGGGACCUACUUCCCUCCGGGCCUUCGUUUUCCUACCGGCGCUAUCCUCGGGACGUUUUUUAUCGUCGCUGGAACCUAUCUUUCACAGCAAUACCAAUCGUUUUCGAUCUGGGCCUUGGAUCUGAUCAAUAUGAAUUGGUCGCGAAUUGACCCUGGCAGCGCUCUCGCCUCGGGAUCGUGGUUUCGUGGGUGCCUAUGGCCUGCCAUGAAUAAGUUCAUGGUGUUCGGUAACAGGCAUGGCAGUAUCGUCGAGGAUUAUAACCGACGUCUCCUGAGCUGGGAUCAUGUGACGUGCAUAGAUCUGGAGGCCUUUGGCAUUUAUCAACCUCCUGCUCUGAGGCUCGAAAUUCCUAUGCAGGAACUGGGUCUGGCUGCUCUCGAGGAAGGUGUGCUGACUGACUUCGAGAUAGUAUGCGAUGACGAUCGGAGGAUCGCUUGCUCACGUAAAAUGCUCGAGGAUCGCUGGCCUUGGUUCAAGGAGCAGCGGAAGUUGUUUGCCAUAGCCGCCACACAGACCACGGAGAUGAUGCCCUCGAUUGCCCAGCAUGUACCAGUGCCAGAUCUACGAGGUAUCUCGGACAAGGAGGAGCUACGGCCGGAUCCCCGUCUCACUCCUCGCGCGUUCCACCUUUCUGAACCUUACCCCGUUACUCUGGCGCUGGUGCAGUAUUUCUACACGACGGCUCUCAUCACACCGGUACAACAUGCGCCGGCUGUGCUGAGCCAGCUGUUGUUGCUGUCGAGCACGUACCAGCUGCCGCAUCUGCAGGACUUGGUGAAACAUGCCAUGCACCGAGCGUUGAGCUAUGCAACGUCUGUAGGCAUCUAUGGCGUUUCCACACUCUGUAACUGUCGAAGCCUGCAAAUUCGAGCACUGCGUGUGGUGAUGGCGUACAGUCAGAAACGUCCAACUGGAGGACGCUCACGGUCGGACAGAGAAGGCGGUUCAGGUGACCGACAUCAUGAUUCGAACAAUGGUGGUGACAGGCAUGGACCAAAGGGCGGUGGUCCCCCUGAAAAUUCUGCUGCGCGGCCCCGUGGUUUGUCAGAUGCAUCGUACUUGCGCGGGCCAUCUGAUGGUCGCGGUGGAAAUUCGGGACAGGGGUAUAUGAAUGGCUUUAAGACUCAAAAAUUGCCUGCGAAGGCAUCCGAUCCUGUCCCAUUGAUAACAGGUCGUCCCCGCGCCAUGUCGGAGGUCGUGGCGCCUAGGUCUUGUCGUAGUCGGUCCUGGGGCCCCAGCCGCCCUGGUCACUCGACAGAUACUUCACUGUCAGAUACGUCGACCGUGUAUCCGGGUCAGGGAGUUGGACCACCAUCAUCGGCCGAAGCAUCUACAUCCCGAGGCGAAAAGACGUCAUACAGCAGCCGCCCGUUCAGCAUGAUCUCUUUGUCUACUGAUGAGGAACUGCGCGCUGUUGCUGAGAUCAUGUCGCCUGUGAUCGCUCCCAGCGACCUCGUUACUGGAGCACAGGAUGUUGACUCUAGAUCUGUCGCAAGUUCUAGCAUGGCAUCUGACGCGAGAUCGAACAAGAGAUCCAGCUACAGGACCUCGUCUGAUUCCUUAUCACUCUCCACGUCCAGCUGCACGCCGUCCACAAGCUAUGUAUGCAGUCCAACGGAUGCAGAAUCUGACGGACACUACUCUGGUUUUGGUGACUCGGCGCUUCUCUCCCCAACCCUUGGCACUCAUAUUGCCUUCCACCUUCCUCGGACCCCUCGAAGGAUGUCACAGCGGGACAGCGAUACCCCGUCUUUGUCGUCUUCGGUUUCGUUCAGUUCCUUGUCUACCCCUAGUCUCAGCCGAACAUCUUCGUUCCAUCGUUCUCCGCCUAUCAGUCCUACUUCUUCAAUGUCGCCCCUUUUCGUACCUCCCACAGCACCCGCGAGGCCAAGUCACCUCGAUGCCAUCCAGGAAAACCGAGUGCCCGAAGAUGAAGGAGUUCCACCUGAUUCUGACGAUCCCUUCGUCCGCACCGGCAUAGUUUCAUCGCCCAUGGUAUCGCAGGAUGAGUUGGGCCAUGAGAUUGUGGCCACCGACUCAGAUGGGCCAAGUUGGAAUCACAAUGAAGACUCCAUUUCUGAAUACCCGAAUCUGCCUCCGACAGCAUGCGUCUCAGAGACCAGUUUAGAAAGCCAUCCAACCAUGCACCAGUCUUCCUUGGUCCAUGGCGCAGGCGCUCUUACCCGGCUUUUCUCUCGAUCAGACAAGGAUGCCAAAAACAAGGCCAAGGGCAAGCAUAGCCUUUACCAGGAAUUUAGUGCUUCUGCUCUCAGUCUCAGUCUGGCUAAGGCUGAAGAGAAAAGGACGAAGAAGGAAGCGGUCAGGCGGCGAGCUGAGACACUCGCACUCGAGAGGUAUCGGGAGAAACACUCUUCCAAACAGCCUACAGUGGAGGAUGUGUUGAUCAUGAACAGUGGCAUGUUCGGUGGUGGUUUUGCUAUGCGCGGUUGA